UGGAGUGCUUUUAUUUUGAAAUGGGUAGGCUACAGGAAGUGUUGCAAAUAUUUGUGUUUGUGACGUUUUCAACAGAUAAACAUUGAAACUGGUGUGAAAGAUCAUUUCACUGAGUUCUGCUGUAAACUGAGCGCAGAACCAGAGGAAAUAGACCAGACCUUGAAUAUCUAGAAGAGCAGCGUGGCCUGAACCACAACUGAGCCGCAGCCGGUGCAACAUGGACGAGGACACUUCAGAGCAAGUUGGACCCUCAACCACAAAAGGUCAGGACCACAGACUGAGAGCAGAGUCUCCAGGGUCCAGCUGUCUGUCUCUGAAGAGUGACUGGUCCAUGAGUCAGCCUCCACUCUUCAGUAAUGAACCUGGACCCUCACACACAGAGGAGAGGAAGAGGAGUCAUGUUUCUGAGGAGGAGCAGUCGUCCUGCUGUGCUUCGUGUCAGGACGUCCUGAAGGAUCCAGUCUCCACCAGCUGUGGACACUGGUUCUGCAGACAGUGCAUCACCUCAUACUGGGACCAGUCUGGUUCUUCAGGAGACUCCUCCUGUCCCCAGUGUGGACAAAGAUCCAGAACAGGAGCUGGAGGUCAGACAGCCGCAGAUCGUGGUCUGCAGGAGGUUUCAGAUGAACAUAAGCUCAGUGUGAGGAGGAGAUGUGAACAUGUGACUGAAGGAGCUGAUGAAACAAAAAGUAGAACCCUCCUCAACAGGAUCUACACUGAGCUCUACAUCACAGAGGGACAGAGUGAAGAGGUUAAUACUCAACAUGAGGUGAGGCAGCUUGAGACGGCUUCCAAGAUGAAGAUCCUCCAGGACACUCCCAUCAAGGUCCAGGACAUCUUUAAAGCCUCCACUGACCAGCAGAGCAGCAUCAGAGUCGUCCUGACCAACGGCGUCGCUGGAGUUGGAAAAACCUUCUCGGUGCAGAAGUUCACUCUGGACUGGGCAGAGGGUUUAGAGAACCAGGAUGUGGGUCUGCUGGCUGUGCUUUCGUUCAGGGAGCUGAACCUGGUGAAGGACCAGCAGCACAGUCUUCUCACGCUGCUCCAUGUUUUCCAUCCAGCGUUACAGAAGCUCACUGCAGAGACGCUCGCUGUCUGUAAACCUUUGUUCAUCUUUGACGGCCUGGAUGAAAGCAGACCUUCUCUGGACUUCAACCACAGGGAGCUUGUGUCUGAGGUCACACAGAGGUCAUCAGUCAACGUGCUGCUGACAAACCUCAUCCGGGGGAAUCUGCUUCCCUCGGCUCUCGUCUGGAUAACCUCCAGACCUGCGGCGGCCAAUCAGAUCCCUCCUGCAUGUGUUGACAGGGUCACAGAAGUACGAGGCUUCACUGAGGCCCAGAAGGAGGAGUACUUCAGGAGGAGGUUCAGUGAUGAAGAGCUGUGCAGCAGAAUCAUCUCACACAUCAAGACGUCCAGGAGCCUCCACAUCAUGUGUCAAAUCCCAGUCUUCUGCUGGAUCAGUGCUACAGUUCUGGAGCACAUGUUGACCACAGACCAGAGAGGAGAGCUGCCCAAGACCCUGACUGACCUGUACUCACACUUCCUGCUGGUUCAGACCAAGAGAAAGAACAACAAGUACGGUGAGGGACAUGAGACGAGUCCACAGCAGCUGACGGAGGCUGACAGGGACGUUCUCCUGAAGCUGGGGAGGCUGGCACUUAAACAUCUGGAGGAAGGAAACAUCAUGUUCUACCAAGAAGACCUGGAGCAGUGUGGUCUUAAUGUCACAGAGGCCUCGGUGUACUCAGGAGUUUGUACUGAGAUCUUCAGAAGAGAGUGUGAGAUCUUCCAGAAAUCAGUCUACUGCUUUGUUCAUCUGAGCGUUCAGGAGUUUCUGGCUGCAGUCUACAUGUUCCACUGUUACACCGAGAGGAACAGAAAAGAACUCAAACACUUCUUAGGACCAUAUGGGAACACAUGGGGUACCACCUCCCUGGAUGACCUCCUGAAGAGAACCAUGGAGAAAUCCCUCACCAGUACAAAUGGUCAUCUGGACCUGUUUGUUCGCUUCCUUCACGGCCUCAGUCUGGAGUCCAACCAGAGAGUCUUAGGAGGCCUGCUGGGUCGGACAGAGAACAAUCCAAAGAUCAUCCAGAGAGUCUCAGGAUGGCUGCUGGGUCGGACAGGGAACAAUCCAGAGAUCAUCCAGAGAGUCAUCAACAACCUGAAGAAGAUGAAGAGUGAUGACAUUUCUCCUGACAGAAGCAUCAACAUCUUCCACUGUCUGACUGAGAUGAACGACCACUCAGUUCAUCAGCAGAUGAAACAGUUCUUGACGUCAAAGAACAGAUCAAAGGAGGAACUCUCUGAGAUCCACUGCUCAGCUCUGGCCUACAUGCUGCAGAUGUCAGAGGAGGUUCUGGAUGAGUUGAACCUGUCAGAGUUCAACACAUCAGACCAGGGUCGACUGAGACUGAUCCCAGCUGUGAGGAACUGCAGGAAGGCUGAACUCUGUGGUUGUCGACUCUCAGAGACUCACUGUGAAGUCGUGGCCUCAGCUCUGAAGUCAGACCCCUCACAUCUGAGAGAACUGGAUCUGAGCUCCAACAACCUGCAGGAUUCAGGAGUGAAGCUGCUGUGUUCUGGACUGGAGAGUCCAAACUGUCGACUGGAGACUCUGAGGUCCUUAAAUCCUUCUUCACUUUUCAGACUUUCUUUCUUAUUGGGUCAUUAUUUAUUUAAAUUGUCUCAGUUCUGCUCUGCUCACUGUCCCUCAGUCAUCUGUCACUCACCCAGCCUGUCAGUCACGUCCACCUCAUCAACUCCAUUCACCUGCACUCACCUGCUCCUGAUCACUAAGAAAGUGUCAGUAAAUAACAUGUGGACUGAGGCCGAGCACUCGUCCUCCUCAGGUUUUCAAAAUAAGACACAUUCUUAUUGAAACACGUUGGACAGUUGAUAAGUAUAGAAACAAACAGGAAGUGACAUCAGGAGCCGUCCCUACUUUAAACAGUGUAUAAUUACACAAACCUGCUCAGUGACCAACACACAGAGAAGAAGCUGAUGAAUGAAACAAUGGUCCAACAUGUCUGAUCUGAUAUUUAUCUUCAGGUCACAGACUGGACUGAGGUCAGCAGCAUGUUGAGAGUCUGUGUUGACAUGAUGACGAUCCACAACAACAGGAGGACACAUUCUAAUAUUCAUAUUUCUUUAUCCAGGUUGAGGUACUGCAGACUGUCAGACAUCAGCUGUUGUGGACACAUGAUUCAGGACUUUGUUUGAGGUUCUUUAUUCACCUGCAGAAACCAACAAAAUUCGCUGUGAAAACCUUUUUCUCCGUUCAAAAAUCCUCAGUGAGACGAAAAUUCACUGCUUACUUUUCUUACAGUACAUAAAACACAGUAUACACACCCUUAUCAAUUACAUAAACUACACACACCAGUAACAUAUUGUUGGGCAAUCAGUUAUUAAAUCAAAAAGGAAACCCACAUACCUGCAGAAACCAACAAAAUUCGCUGUGAAAAUCUUUUUCUCAGUUCAAAAAUCGACAAAAUAGAAUAAAUUUACUUCAAAGGCUGCCAAAAUAAUUGGCGCGAGAACGAAUUGGCGGCCGCAUUACAUCUCUGUGGACGUUAAAUUACGUUAAUUUACAGCAUUUGGCAAAAAAUAUAAACACUCAAAACAACAGCGCAAUGUACUUAUAUAUACAACAUGAAAUUUACACCGGUCAUUUAUCAAAGAAAACCAUAAAACAGCACGGAGCUUAUUCACAGGUGACUUACCCUCAGGGAGACAAAAAUAUACUGAGGGAAAGAAGAGCCGACAGGAAGUAAGAACUUCGGGGAGCACAAAAGGUGGUGCACAGCAACAUCACUUCCGCAGGUAGUGUUAACAAAAUAAAAUAAUAACAAAAUAAAAUUCACAAAUACAAAUUAUAAAUAAAAAUAAAUACAGUACAUUCUUAACUCUGUCACAUAUAUAUGAGAACAACUAGAUCAGAUAUAGAGUCAAAGGUCACUGUGACCUUUGACCUUUGACCACUGAAAUCUAAUCAGUUUCUCUUUGAGUCAAAAUGUGAAGAAAUCCCCUGAAGACAGACUUGAGAUAUCAUGUUCAAGAGGCAAUGAACAUGUUCUGGGACCUUGACCUUUGACCUCUGACCACCUGAAUCUAAUGAGUUCCUCUGUUAGUCUGAAUGAACGCUUGAACCAAAUCUGAAAGGAUUCUCUUGAGGAGUUUUUAACAAAGAGGGGAUUUACCAGGGUGAGGGUCACAUGAUCACGUUUUGUAUGAAUGUUGUGUUUUCUGAUUUAAUUCUCACAGAUUUGAUAUUUUCUUUAAUUACAGACUCUAUGGUUGUGGACUCUCAAAGACUCACUGUGAAGUCGUGGCCUCAGCUCUGAAGUCAGACCCCUCACAUCUGAGAGAACUGGAUCUGAGUGAGAACGACCUGCAGGAUUCAGGAGUAAAGCUGCUGUGUUCUGGACUGGAGAGUCCAAACUGUCGACUGGAGACUCUGAGGUUGUGGAACUGCAGUCUGUCAGAGAUCAGCUGUUCUUCUCUGGCUUCAGCUCUGAGGUCAAACCCCUCUCAUCUGAGAGAACUGGAUCUGAGGAACAACAACCUGAAGAUCUCAGGAGUGAAGGAGCUUCUUGAUCU